UGAUUCCGAGAUACAUAUUUAUGUACACAUGCAACAGCUGUUUAUACCAGAAAUUUGUUGUGACGAUUCCUAUCCAUUUCAUUUAGCUGAAUAUGUCGGAUUUACCGCUUAAAUCAACUACCAGCAGCGCGCUGCUUGGGCCGCCACAGAGAGUGCCUUUACCGAAAGCCUCUGCCGGCCUACAACUGCCCACCACGACGCCCCAAAAGCUGAAAUCCAAUUCCGAUUGCUCGGGCUCAGCGACAGGGAAUCCGCGGAACAAAUGUGCUUUAAAGCCAGGCUACUCGCUGAUGAGCUGGAUACGUCUGUGCAAUUCUGGAGCAGAUCUAUCGGGUACCAGGGGACGGGUGGUUCCAGUUACAAGAAGCGAGUUAGCUCUCCACAACAAGGCUUCUGAUGCGUGGAUGGCAAUUCGCGGCAGAGUGUUCAACGUAACUCGAUACAUGGACUUUCAUCCGGGCGGAGUGGAUGAGCUAAUGCGUGGCGUCGGCCGAGAUGCUACCAAAUUGUUUGACGAAGUUCAUGCCUGGGUCAAUUAUCCACAGCUGCUCGGAAAAUGCUACAUAGGACCAUUAAAAGAGAAUGUCCCUGGGCCAUUGACGGCGACUGAUCCUCUUACGAUAGACACACGGGACUCAAAGCCGGUGGAUAUUGUUCCACGCUUCGAUUGGAUACAGCAAAGAAGCGAGCUUACGCUAUUCUUUUACACCCGAAGCUUCUCCAAUCCCGGACUGUUUGUGAGAAGAAAAGAUCCGCAGCAGCUGGUGGCGCGUGUUUUGCUGGACAACAGCGGGCACUCGUUUGACUUGCAGCUAGCGGGUAAGGUGGAGUGGCCACCGAAGGCCGUGCGAGUCGGGACUGAGACUGGAAAGAUUGAGCUGGUCUUGGCCAAAGAAGAGCCAGCUCCUUGGAUUUCUUACGGUACGCACACGACGAGCAAACUGGAUUCCCUUGACACACAACAGGAAACGUAUGAAUAUGAAGUGUUAGACUGUAAUGAUUUCAAUCACGACUCUUUUGAGCUGAGUCUUCAGAGCGUUCAGAAGGAGAUACUGAUGGUCCUACCAGUGGGACAUCAUGUAAACAUACAAGUCCCUUUAAACGGGGAUGUCAUCCAGCGAAGCUAUACGCCAGUCGAUCACACAUAUUUGCCCUCCGAAACGAACUCCCUGGCGAGUUGUUCGUGCCUGCAUUUUCUGAUCAAGCGAUAUACAAACGGGCCUGUCUCUGGUCACUUGCAUCAACUGAAAGCAGGCUCUCGGGUCCAUUUAAGCUCGCCUCGUGGCGGUUUAGUGCUCUCAGACCUAUCCGCAAAUCGGAACAUCCUUCUACUGGCAGCUGGCAGCGGUCUGACACCCAUUUUAAGUCUAAUACCUCAUCUACUAAAGCGCAACACAAAUCGCAUCGAAUCCCUGCACCUGUUCUACUUUAACAAAACUGAAGCGGACAUCUGGCUGAGGGACAAACUGCAGAAUCUACAAACUGAGGACGAGCGCUUCAUCUGCACCCACAUACAGUCCCAGGCGGAGGAGCAGCCGCAACGAAUAUCGUCCGAGCUUUUGGCUCCUCUGUUCAAGGAAAAGCAGCCGGAUAUGUGUACUUAUGCAGCGAUUUGUGGACCCAGCCCCUUCAACAAUGCCGCCGUCGAUGUAUUGAAGAGUCUGAAUGUAAAGCCGAAUCAGAUGCAUGUUUUCCGCGGCUAAAAAGAUCUACCUAGUCAUUUUCAUUCAUUUUAUUUGCUAUCCAGCAAAUAGUUCUGAUUUUGUUUUUUUUUGGGAUUUUUACAUGUUUUUGUUUCAAUAAUUUAAUAAGUUUAACAAAUACUAGAAAAUGUUUGUUGGAUUUGUUUUCUUUCGCUUGUUGCCAGGCCAAGCACGGCAAAGGAAAGCAUCGUUCUGUUCGGUUCUUGUUGUCGCAAUCGUCUCUCAGUUAUGCCAUCACACACAUUUUGCUAAUGUAAUAUUGUAAAUUGUAUAUAAAGAACAAUCGAAAAAAAGUAAUCAUCAGGUGGAGGGCAUACAGGGCUUACAGAAAAUAAAUAGAAACAGGAGCAACAUAGGAUAUAUAGAGAAUGUACUAUAUAGGAUGUAAUGGGAUAACACUGGCUUUACAUUUCAUCGCAAGACGUUGGGGAGCAGAGUUCCCUUCCCUCGUGGAUAGCACAUCGUAGUACAUCAUUUGCGACUCGACUCUGAAUCACUUUCCUCAGCUUGUGAUCCCUUAAGUAGACAUCCGUGUGUAUGUUUGUGGUGUAGCGUGUAUUUACUGUGGUGUUUAUGUGUAUGCGGGCAGCCUCCCUCCAUCUCAUCAUCUUAGUUUAGUAGGAGCGGAUCGCUGGCGGCACCGUUGACACCUCGUUGUCCAGCGUGGUAUCGAUUACGCUCCUGUAAUCCAACUGAACAUCGCCAUUGUCGUUGCACACCCAGGCGAGUGUGUGCUUGCGC